CUUCUAUCUUCACUUAAUAGAAGACUUGUUCGUGCGCUGCCCUCGCAGCUGCCGCACCUAUGCGCGUCUUUCGGUCAGCAUAAAAGGGAGUCACUGAGUCGCUCUUUGCAUCACGAGUCCCUUCCCGUUUGGCCGCCAUGACUACUAUACCAAACAGUACAACUGUCUUGAUCGUUGGCGCGGGACCCUCUGGUCUUGUUGCGGUGCUUUCUCUCAUACAUCAUGGCUUCAAGGAUUUUGUCGUUGUGGAUGCUGUCGAGCAAGGUGAGAACACCUCACGCGCUCUGGUCAUUCAUGCUGCAACGUUAGAGGCGCUAGACACCAUAAAUAGCGGAGAAGAGAUUGUGGCGAAGGGAACCAAAGUCAGGAGUGUCAAUAUUGGCAACCGCGCAUCACAACUUGCUUCCACCAACUUCUCGGCUCUCGACAAAUACACCCGUCACCCAUAUGCCCUCAUCAUCCCACAGAAUCUUACCGAGUAUAUUCUCGGCGAGAAAGUCAAAGGCUAUGGCGUGACCGUUCACCGGCCAUGCAAAGUCACCUCCUUGAGGAGGAACAAGAAGGAUGACAAUCUUACUGAUGUCACGUUCGAAGAUGGGAAGAUCAUCACCGCGAAGUAUGUCAUCGGUGCAGAUGGCGCUCGUUCUGUUGUGCGUCAGAUGGCUGGUAUCGGCUUUUCGGACCCCAAGACUGACGAGCAGGGUGAAAGGACCAACAACCUGACUCAAAUGGUCCUUGCGGACGUUGUAUGCGAAGGCAUAAACGACGACGACUUCGGAUUCAUAGGCACCAUGUCACCAGAAAGCUUCUUCUUUUCCAUUCCUAUGCCGACUUCGUUUAGCGAAUUGCUUGCUAAGAACGGCCAGGAAGUCGAGGGUCAAAUAUACCGCAUUGGCUCAGGCGUUCCUGUGGUGGAUGGGGAGAUUCCUCGUUCACCAAGCAAGGAUUAUAUACAGAAUCUCAUUAGUCGAUUUGGGCCCACGAUCCUCUCAUCAGGCGCUUCAGUUAAUCCCGCCUCCACGCCAGUCCGCAUCAAGGAAGUUAUAUGGUCAACUCGGUUCCGCACACAUUCUGCGAUCGCCGACAAGGCAUUCACUCGCCUUGGUGGAGACGAGCUCGAGGGUGCUACCGUUGCGCCUGAUGACACCGCCACAAAACGCGGUGGCAUCAUCCUUCUCGUUGGAGAUGCGGCGCACAUCCACUCUCCUGCCGGCGGUCAGGGCAUGAACCUAGGCAUCCGUGACGCAGUGUUUCUUGGAGAUGCUCUUACGAAGCACAUAAACGCGGCUGCCUCACAACCUUCCAAUACCGACACUGAUUAUAUCUUGCGCGAAUUCGCGGAGGAGAGGCAUAAACGCGCAUUGGAAGUGAUUGCGUUUACAAAGACACUACUUUCAGUUAUGGGGACACAAGAUAAGAAGAUAUCGUGGGUGUUUCCGAUCUCGGCUACUACAGUGCGGGACUGGGUGUUGUGGCUUGGCGGGAAGUUUGGCUUCAUGCAGGCAAAGAUGGCGUGGGCGAUGAGUGGGCUGGGGAGGAGAUGAUUGAUCAUUUUUGGGGAUGGAAUUCAGUCGUGUUCGAAAUACAGUAAUUACCCUUUGUAU